GACAGUUCGCGCGGUCAUGUGAUUUAAAUGUCUUCCGCAAUUCUGUUGAGAGAAAAUCAAUAGAGGUCGCGUACAAUGCAAUCUAUAGCACUGAUGAAUCACAUGAUGCGUCCCGUGACUCGACCCGACUUGUACCUGCUCUCCGAUCUCCCAUGUAUUCUGCUUCUUAUUUGCAUUUAAAUCCAAGAAAAGUCAAGUCCCCAACCAAACUCUUCCUCCUGAAAAAGGAAUGUGAAGGCAGCUCUGUAUUCUAGAGGGGUUUGAUCUGGAAUUUCACAUCUAACAAGUUACAGCAAGGCUAAGGGAGAAUGAAGACGUUUUUCGCAACAGCACUGCUGCUGCUGCUGGCAGUUGCAGCAAACGCGCAGCUUAUUAGGGUACCACUGAAGAAGAUGGAAUCUGUACGUCAUCAAAUGGCCAACACAGGACUACCCUUUAAAGAUUUGGCUCAACUUUCCAACAAGUACAACAUGAUGAACACCAACAAACUUGGCACACCAUGGCCAGUAAACAUGAGCGACUAUCUUGAUGCCCAGUACUAUGGAGAAAUCUCUCUUGGCACACCUCGCCAGAAUUUUACUGUAGUCUUUGACACUGGCAGUGCUGAUCUCUGGGUACCAUCUGUCAAGUGUGGUUUCCUUGACGUUGCCUGUCGCUUUCAUCACAAGUACGACAGCUCCAAAUCAUCAACUUAUGUUGCUAAUGGAACAAAAUGGUCUCUACAGUAUGGAUCGGGUGCUUGCUCUGGAUUCGUCAGUGAGGAUACAAUACAGCUGGGUGGUCUGAGGGCAAAGAGCCAGAGUUUUGGAGAGGCGACCGCUGAACCUGGCUUGACCUUCAUAGCGGCCAAGUUUGAUGGCAUUCUUGGACUGGGUUACCCAACCAUUACCAGGAUCAGUAAACUUCCUGUGUUUGACAACAUUGUAAAGCAGGGCCUUGUUCAGGAUGCUGUAUUUGCAGUUUAUCUCGCAAAAGAUGCGUCAGCUAAGGUUGGUGGUGAGAUAGUCUUUGGAGGAGCAGAUCCGGAUCACUAUACUGGAGACUUCAGUUAUGUAGAUGUCACACGCAAAGGUUACUGGCAGAUCAAGAUGGACAGUCUCAAUGUGGGCGGUAAUGGAACCUAUUGCACCAAUUGUGCUGCCAUCGCUGACACCGGUACGUCCCUCAUUGCUGGUCCCUCUGCAGAGAUUGCCAAACUUCAAGAACAGAUUGGUGCUGCCCCAUUUACAUCUGGCGAGUAUAUGAUCAACUGUAACUUGAUACCCACUCUUCCUGUUGUAAAUAUUGUCCUUGCUGGCAAGACAUACACUCUUAACGGAGAAGACUAUGUUCUCAAGGUGAAUCAAGGCACCGUCGAGCUAUGUGUAUCUGGGUUUAUCGGUCUGGAUGUUCCUCCCCCAGCUGGACCCCUCUGGAUCCUGGGUGACCCCUUCCUUCGCAAAUACUACACCAAGUUUGACCGUGCAAACGACCGUCUGGGAUUUGCUGUAGCUGUCUAAGUCUGUCAAUCUAAACUUGACUCUGCACUUGAUACAGAAAAUUAACAUGUAGAGGUAGAUCUUUUCAUUCAUAAAUCUUUCAUACUUGGUUUUCUAUAAACCAGUGGUUGAUAAUCAAUUCAAAGAUCAAUCAUUAUCUUUCAUGUUGCAGGUCAUACAAUGUUAUUUCAAUCCAAGACAUCCUCACAAAUAAAAUAUUCCCUGCUUUCAUUGCAUCAGGCUGUGAUGCAAUGGAGGAAUAGUAAUUAAUAUUUUAAACACAACCACCACCCCCCCUCCCCCUUCAAAUAUUUGCAUGAAAUAAAAUUACAUACAUUGAGCUUUAGCAAGUGUCGAAGGUCAGUACAUGUAUUUGUGAUCAUGCAAUCACGUUUUCUUCUUCGAAGUGUUAUAAAGGCUGAUUCCUUAAAUACAAUCAACAAAAUUUACUGAAAGUAAAUCAUUGAUCUGUUUUUACUUUUUCUCACUGUCACAAUACAUUUUGAAAUGAAAGUUUCACAGGUUUGGCAGUUGGCAUAGUAAUUUGAAAAAGACAGGAAAUGUGUGUGUUUUGUACGAGUCUUGAUCAUACAGUUAUUCGCUGAUAUAUUGCGAGGGAUUAAUCAAGGAUUUCAAUAGAGACAAAAUUGGCUUGAUUUAAAAGAAUGCUUGAGAGUUUAUCUUAUUGUGCUUUUUCUUAAGAGUUCCGGUGUCUUGUAAAUCUUUUUUUUUUUUAAGAUGUCUUCUGUUUUGUGUACAUUUUGUUACCUCAUUUCAUCAUUUUUUUAAUGGUUAAUUUUAUUUUUAUUUGUUCUAAAGAAAAAAAAACUUAAAAUGUUUGUUAUAUUUGUGUUCAUUACAUUUUUUGUUAAUAAUCAGAGCAGUGCCACCUAUAUGAAUAGGUGGGUGAUAAAUAUUGCAUUAAAUUGCUCUUCUAAAAGAAGACGUUCUGAAAUACAAUCAAAUUUACCUAAACAAAGAAUAUAAAAAUUCUAUUGCAUUAAUCUACAAUGGUAAAGCUAUUAAAAAAUGUAGGACGUUUGCCUCAUGUAAGGUUGAUGUAAGGAUACAGGUUAAAAAAUCAGGUUCAUGUUGUCUGAUAUUGUGUAGCAAAAUACAAUUAUGUGGGGUUUACUCUCCUUUCUUUCAUUACUGUCAUGUGUGGUAUUAGAUGAGCAUUCCAAGAAAAUACAAGACUAUAACACUUUACGACCAUAGUCUGUGCCUUCGGUAGGAAUAAAUCAUGACGCAUUUCAGGACUGAUCAUUAUGGCCAGGAUGAUAGUAUAGGCAAUGCUAAAGUAUAUGCAUUAGGAAGGUAAACCGAAUGUAUUGUAAACAUAUGGGUACUUGUAGAACAUGAGAUAAUAUUUCAUGAAUGACUUGGAGUGUUUUGACUCAUUUUAAUUUGAUGGAUUUGGGGUGGGCUUUAGUCAAAAUUAAAGAAAUUCUUUUAGGAAAGCAUUUACAAUAUAUAGCCAUGUACUUGUUGAAAGGUGUAUUUCCGGAUAAUUCUGCUUUUCAUUUGUACCAUUUUUCAUUUAAGCUAAAUCGAGUUCACCAUUCGCUGACUAUUUAGACAUCCACUUUAAUGGCUAAAGAAAUAUUUGAUCACUGUUUUUCCACCAACCUCAUUAAAAAUAUAAAAAAAGGAUUUCUUGAUAUAUAUGAAUGUUGUUCCAUUUUAAGUGUGUAAUUGAAGAAAAAUACAUGUUUAACAUGAAAACAGUAGUAUUCAUUUAGAUAGGUGUUGUAUAAAGUUUAUUUUCUGGCAUGAACUCAAUGUCCUCAUUGUUAUUUUGUAAUUUGUCCUCAAAUAUUCAAGUAAAAUCUAAUAUUGACUGAAAAUAUUAUAUCAUAUAUUGAUAUAUUUGAUUCAUGAUAAUCAGAAUUUUAUAUACAACUUGGAGAAUCUUGUAGGAAUUUUCAAUAGAACAAAGGAGUUGCUCAAUAUGACACUGAUAUAUGCAAUAAUUGUGAUAUUAAGAAAAUGUUAUGUGUUGUCUCACUUGUCUGUAUAUGUUUGUGUUGUUUGGAAAUGAAAAAUGAAUUAAAAGUUCAUGUAAUUUA